AAAACAGCUUUCCAGUACUAUACUUAUAGCUAAAAUUAUUGGACCUUUUCAUGUAGCGGUGAAAUUGUUACCAUUUCGCUUCUGGGGCCUAAAUUAACAUUACAAUUUGACUAUAAUUUCAACAUAUACCGCAGGAGGAACGUCGUGUUGGCUAUUUCCAACUUAAUGGUUAAGCGUGGCAAAGGUAAGUCUCAUCAAUCUGCUUGCGCAGCCUGGUAAUGCAUCUGUAUACACCGUAUCAUAAUGUCUACAUGAUAUUAGGUUAGGCAUAACAUUUACCAUAAAUUUCAAGCAUCUACAUAGUUUAGUGAACGGAUAUCCAUAUUCCGCUAUCUGCAAUUGUCUCUCAUACAGGGCGUGUUUAUUUGUCGACAACAAAGGCCACAAAACUAUAUUUUGACCUGUCGUAUAAACAACUAGGCCUCCUUGGAGAUUUAGUGGCAUUAAGAUAUGGAGAAUUCUUGUGUCGACAGCCAAUAACAGAAAUUUAUGAAAACUUAUAUCCUAUUUCGGUACAGAGGAUAUAUCUGAAUCUUCAAGAAAUGCAAGACCCAAACAAAUGGGUCCAGCCAAAGGUCUGCUGCAAUGUUGACUUCCUUCAUUCUUCCUAUCACAUUCACCACAUUAUCUUCAUUAUUAUGGUGUUUUGGCAUGCAUCUUCAAUAGCUUUUCAGGAAACAAGCAUUCUUCUGCAAAGUUACUAUUGUGGAUAUAUUAUUACAUGAGAAAUGGGACUUCAGACAUCGGAGAAGGUAUAUCGUUGUGCUGGUUGUAAUGUCUCAUUUGUUCCAAUCAACAAACGGUCGAGAAGGGUGAUUUUGGUGGCUGACUCUACCACAAAUGCUAGAUUAGUAUUGAAGGCACAUGACUUGGAGCAAAUAGCUGGUCUGACUAUGCUCGAGUUGAUAACAGAUUGCUCUGCCAACCAUGCGGCCAAGCAUGGAGCGACUUUCCAGAAUAGAAUCAACCGCAUUAAAGAUGCCUUGUGCACGUUUGAGGUAGAAGCCCCGGUUUAUAGUGGCACAAACAGCACAGAGGAAAUCAUAAUCACUGCCAUUGUUGAGGCAGAAAAACUGGUUGGAAAGCGGAAGCCAAGACACUUUUUAGCUCAGCUCGACAAGAAUACUGGAUUCCAGAAUGGUUUUCGAUCGAUCUUACAAAAUACAUUAAUUUUGGCUUCUUUAAAAUCUUCAGACUUUUGCUGCAAAUGAUAAGGACCUGAGAUUUUCUUGUUUGCAAUGUGUACUUCGUUUCUUCCUCA